GAAAGUCUUCCAUAUUCUUUUCCGAUCUCAUCUCUCUAUUUGUAUGGUAGAAGAUAACUAUUACAUGACACACGCUCUCUCUUUUCAAACACAAGCACAAGGAUGAGACAUGAAAACAUACCUCGAUGUCAUCAUCUACUUCAACUUAUGAGAGUAUUUCAUGCAAACUUCUCCAACCCAAGCCGGAAACUUGAUGAGGCUUGAGCUUUGAUCCAAGUCAGAAGAUGAUACACGCACGCACGUGAUCAUAAAAGAAACUCUACAUAAAUCAGAAAGUAUCCACUUGGGAAAAAAAAAGGUUGCAUUUCAGCUCUUCUGGAUGCAAAAAUUGCCAAUUAUGAUGAUGCAUGCAGUAUUUGGCAGUGCAAUUAUAAUAAGAAAGAGAGUGAUGACGCAGUUCUUUCCUCCAAGAUGGAAGAAAUUUUGGAACGAAUGGGAGGUGCGAGGAAUGGUUUUAAUCAGCCUCACUACCCAAGUCCUUCUCGUCAUUCUGGGCAAUCGUCGAAAGCAUACAGCAGGGAUUCAGGUCAGAGUUGUUGUUUGGUCGGCUUACUUACUCGCCGACUCUGUAACAACAAUGGCAGCUGGCAUACUGUCCAACCAUCUUGGAAAAGUCAACGUGGAUGGUUUUAUUGAUCCAAAUAUGGAGAUAACAGCAUUCUGGGCGCCCUUAAUGGUAGUUCACUUGGGUGGUACAGAUGCCAUUACUGCUUACUCCUUGGAAGACAAUGAAUUGUGGAGAAGGCACUCGUUUCAAGUAGUUAUUCAAUCUAUGACCACAGUGUACAUCUUUCUCAUGGCCUGGACAGGCUCUCUUCUUUCCAUACUCUUCAUUCUCAUGUUUGUUGUGGGGCUAUUCAAGUACUGUGAAAGAGUUUGUGUCCUCUACUUGUCAAUCGAUAACAAUUUUAGAGACUCCAUUCAGGAUAUCACUACCAAUGAAUCCAAAAUAAUGAAGGAAUGCAAACUUAAAGAGCUAGAGGGGUACCAUGUCACAACACAUCAGGUGCUUGAGGUUGAUCAGUCUAUUUCUAAUGUUGAAAAUGAACUCCUUACGGCCUUCGGAUUCCUUGACAUGGUCAAGCGUCUCUUCGCAGAUCUCAUAAUUGGCAUCCGAGAUGGGCAUACAAGUCGGUCAAUCUUUGACAAGAUAUCAGCCGACAAGGCAUUCAAGAUAAUUGAGAUUGAACUCGGGAUUAUAUAUGAUUUGCGGUUCACAAAGGCCAAGGUUAUCUACUCUAAUUUGGGGAUCUCCCUAAGAAUUGUUGGAAUCAUUCUAACCUUUCUUGUAUUGAUGAUGGUAUCUUUGAGUGAGAUCAAACUGGUCAGAGAGAAAUUUCAUGAACAGCACCAUCGCCGCCACUCCAAAAUCGACUUUACCAUAACUCUGAUAUUGUUGUCGGUCGCCCUUCUUGUAGAGUUAUGGGCAUUCAAGCAACUACUUGUCUCUGACCAAACAACUCAUUGGUUAGUUAAGCAUGAGAAAACCAUCAUCUCACGAGCCAUCAAGUGUAUUUUACCAUCUUGCGAGUCAUCAAUCAAAACAAAACACAGGUGGUCAUAUUCGAUGAAACAGUAUAGCUUGCUAAACUUUUCCAUGAGAUUAAAAGAAAAACCUCUGCCCUACCGUAAAAUCCUGAAAAUGUUACGCGUUGAUAAAGCUCUAGAGAUUCAACUAUGCAAGACUAGCCCCAUAUCAGUGGGCGAAAUCUUAAGAGAGAGAGUCUUCACAGCGAUGAACGUAAGUGUUAAAAAUUGGUUGGGAAAGCAUAGCUAUGACACAUAUAUUAAAGCUUUGUACGGCCGUAGGGGAUGCCGAACACUUGAAGACUGUAAGAUAAAUUGAUAGAGAAAGAGAGAG